AUGAAUAAGGACAAAGAAGCCUAUAUUUGCUUUGUCGAUCUGAUCAAAACUUUAAACAGAGUUAAUGUCCAAGAUGUACAAAAGGCAUUAAGAGAAAAAGAUGGGACACUUGGAUUCUGGAAAGCAUUACUAAACCUCUUUGCUAAAUGCAGAAACUUUGUUAGAACCUGCAAUAACAGUGUUCCAGCCAGGAAUCUGGAUUUCUGGAGCAAUUGGAGAUGGAGAAGGAGAAGGGAGCUGGGACAGAGCCGAGCACAGUAGAUAAAGUUCUACAGAAGGACCAUAACACUGCCCUAUAAAGUUUUUAUUAGAAGCUUAAA